UUGUUCUGUAUUAUUUGUCUCCAGUCUCUCACACACUCUCUACUCUCUCUUUCUCUCUCCACCCCUCUCUCAAGUGCUCAGUGCUGUCUUUAAACCCUCUUCCCUCUUCUUUACAUACAUAUACAUACUCGCAUCAAUACAUACAUAAUACACUACCUAGCAUACCUGGCUACUUACAUACACUUAUUAGUCACUUACAUACUACUAAGUAUGUACCUUGGACCUUACUUAGACUGUUAAAGAGCCCCACCAUGAUGAACAUAAGUCAGGUCUCCCACAGGUUUUGAGCGGGAUUGCCCUUUUUAGACAUUUACCAAGUCUAGUAGCCUGGCACAAUCAUAUCAUCAUUACUUCUUCGCUUUACACUAUACACUAUACACUAUUUUCUUCUUCUUUCAUAUCCUUUACUCACAUAACAUAACACACUUCUUGGGGGCCAUCCCUUGGCCCAGAAUUUCAAGUCUUGUAGCCAUCAUACUUUAAAGAAUCCAUCGCUAUUAGACUUUCGGUACCUUGAUUGCCAUGACAACCCCGAUCGACAUUGAUGACCACCGGCAACUGGAGCAGCCGCAAGGCAGCUCCAACGUGGCUCCCGAACCUACCGACGGCACUGCAAAACCCUCAGAGCGUGCGCCCGCCGUUCGCUUCUCAUCUGUCGUCGACGAGAUCGAUCCUCCAUUUACUACGUUCGGCGGUCCGGAUUCCCGGAGAGAGAGCUCUGCGAACCCUGACUUAAUACGAGCUCUCACGAAUUCGCUUUCUGGCGCCCAGCUUCAGGAGCAGCGCCUACAGAAUUACUCCUUUGAUCCAUUCUCUUUACCGCCUUCUAGGGUCGCAUCUAACGAGACUACGCCUGGCGCAACUCCCCAGCACAGCCAUAGCCCCAUGGGCCAUUCAUCGCCACGGCUGAGCCCUAAAGCCCCCGAGUUGGCGUCGCCGCCCUUAACCCCCGCAGGAACUUCCGCAGCAGAGUCUACCGGCAAGAGUGUAAAAUCCGUUCGAAUUUCUGGAUCCGAUGGAGGAUUUGAUUCUCAGGCUAUAACCCCACAAGCUUCGGGGCAAGAUUCUAGGCCUGUUUCUCCCCGAGCCGCUUUACCACACCGGCCAGCCUCGACCGACAAUAUAUCACAACGAUCGACCGCUGUAGAUGAUGAUGGCCGGAUUCCCGCACACAGGAAAGGAAUUUUCACCAUUGGGCCAGGUGGUCAAUCGCUUCCUGUGUCGAGAGAAUCAAGUCCUCAAAGGAACGCCGCAUCUCAAUAUUACUCACGACCGUUUACCCCUCAAGGGGAUAUCAACGAUCCGUAUGCUGCGAACAAGAGGCCGGCACACAAGCCGGGCGGCAACAUUGACCAGAGAUUCGUUUUUUCCAGGAAAAAGAAGCAUGCAUCUCCGGCUUCGUCUUCUACUAACCUGUCGAGACCGGAAAAGCAAGAGAAAAGGCAUUCGGGGUUAUUUGCGAACAGAAAUAAGUCCGGUGAUCUUCAUCCAACGGGAACGGGGUCGACUACGCAUAGCGCGCAAGGAUCGAUGUCUGAUCUCAAGAGAUUCUUCAAGGUUGGAGUUAGUCAUAGGUCAAAAAAGUCGGCUUCGCCCUCACCUUUAGGGUCCAAACAGACUCUUCGGGUUCCUUUCGCUGAUGAUCAUGGCCUCUCAUCAAAAUACGGGAAGCUUGGCCGAGUACUUGGAUCCGGUGCCGGAGGAUCUGUCAAGCUCAUGAAAAGAAAUGAAGACAAUACUGUCUUUGCAGUGAAGGAAUUCCGCCCGCGACAUUCAUAUGAAACAGAAAAGGAGUACGUCAAGAAGUUGACGGCAGAGUUUUGUAUAGGAUCCGCUUUACAUCAUGGCAACAUCAUUGAGACUCUGGAUAUUGUCCAAGAGAAGGGCAAGUGGUAUGAAGUUAUGGAGUUCGCCCCUUAUGACUUAUUUGCCAUUGUCAUGACGGGCAAAAUGUCCAAGGCAGAAAUUACGUGUUGCUUCCUUCAGAUACUGAGCGGGGUGACCUAUCUCCACAGCUCAGGUCUUGCUCAUCGAGAUCUCAAACUGGAUAACGUCGUCGUGAGCGAAUUUGGGAUUAUGAAAAUCAUCGACUUUGGUAGUGCACAUGUCUUCCGAUACCCCUUUGAAAGCGAAACCGUGCUCGCCUCUGGCGUUGUCGGCUCAGAUCCUUACCUCGCCCCAGAAGUGUACGACGAGCGUAAAUACGACCCUCAGGCGGUGGAUAUCUGGUCCCUUGCAAUCAUCUUUUGCUGCAUGUCUCUCAGGCGAUUUCCAUGGAAGGUACCGCGUAUGACGGAUAAUUCGUACAAGCUUUUUGCAUCAGAGCCGUCUCCAGGCCACGAUCCCCGGAAGCUAAUCCUCCCUUCGAGAUCCACCAACGACCUUUCCAAUAUUCCACAGCGGGAUAUUUUCCCGGAGGAAACGCCGAAGCAACAAGCUCCUAAAAGUUCCGAGGCUGGUGGUGCGGGGGGUGGUGAGGGCAACAACCAAGAAAGGAGGGAAGUGAUUAAGGGACCAUGGCGUCUAUUACGACUACUUCCUAGGGAGAGUAGACACGUGAUCGGGCGGAUGCUAACCAUCGACCCAAAGAAGCGGGCACAGAUGCCGGAGAUCCUGGACGAACCUUGGGUAUCGGACACGGUUAUCUGUAGGCAAGUUGGACAUGGACAGGUGAUCAAAGCAGAGGACCAUACGCAUGUGCUUGAACCUCCGGCUUCGCCAAGCAAGUAGGUUGGCAACAGGCGAAAAAAGGGCGUUGCAGAGUGUAUUUUGGCAUAGGAAGAAAAGGAAAUAGUUUUUCCUUGGGCGUUGGGGAGUCACAUAUGUCUUGAUCACUUUCAUAAGCACAGCGGUAAGGGUGCAAACCGUACAGGAUCGAGGCGAUAUAGAAUAGAAUAUGUAAUUGCGUAUAGAGAUUCAGGUAAAACUCUUUUGUCCAUGUCAUCUACGACUGCUUGUCAGCAGAUGUUGGUUUAUCUAUUAUUAUUUAAUGCGACGUAUAUUUGAUUCUUUUUUUUAAUCUA